AUGUCUGUCGUCUCACUUCUCGGGGUCAAUGUCCUGAACAACCCUGCCAAGUUCGGUGACAAAUAUGUCUUUGAAAUUACAUUCGAGUGCCUAGAGCAGCUUGAGAAGGAUCUCGAGUGGAAGCUCACUUAUGUUGGCUCUGCUACUUCCGAUCAAUAUGAUCAAGAGCUCGACUCACUCCUCGUCGGACCCAUUCCUGUCGGUGUCAACAAGUUUGUGUUCGAGGCCGAUGCCCCAGACACGAAGCGCAUCCCCGAUGCCGAGAUCAUCGGUGUCACCGUCAUCCUCCUGACCUGCGCCUACGAUGAGCGAGAGUUUGUGCGUGUUGGAUACUACGUCAACAACGAGUACGAUUCGGAUGAGCUCAUCGCGGACCCUCCUGCCAAGCCCAUCAUCGACCGCAUCCGCAGAAACGUCCUCGCAGAGAAGCCGCGCGUAACGCGCUUCGCCAUCAAGUGGGACUCUGAUGCGUCUGCCCCGGCCGAGUUCCCCCCUGAGCAGCCUGAGGCCGACUUGGCCGUCGAUGAGGAGGAGUACGGCGCUGAUGAGGGCGAAGAGGAGGAGGAAGAGGAGGUCGCUGAGGGUGCGGAGCAGCCUGCCGCUGAGGCAGCUGGUGAGGACGCCGCCAUGAUGGGCGUGGAAGAGCACGCCGAGAACGGUGCCGAUGCCGAGGAGGACGAGAUGUCCGACGAUGGCAGCGUGGAUAUUGAGGGCGAGAGCGAAGACGAGAUCGACGAGGAGGAGGAGGGCGAGGGAGAGGCCGCUGACGGCGACGAGAUGGAGGUCGACAGCGACAAGCCUGUCGGCAACGCUCCACACCCGGCUGCCCCUGAGGUCAUGUCUCACUAA